AUGGCGAUCGACUCUGUUGCUAACGGAUUUUCACUGAAGAAAAUCAACAUCCAGAUUUCAAUUCAUGGAUUCAUAGCUAACGUGACCUCUGAACUUCAUUACAUUAACGACUCAGACGAGAACAUCGAGACAGAGUUUGUAUUUCCAUUGGACACCGAGGCAGCGGUCUACAAGUUUGAAGCCGAGAUAGACGGCAGGACAAUUGUAGCAGAGGUUCAGGAAAAAUCACAGGCGAAAUCGACCUUCCGAGAUGCAAUCGAUUCGGGUCACAUGGCUAUGUACAUGGGAGAAGAUGACAGAGCUGGUGAUAUAUUUCGUCUCAAACUCGGUAACCUCCCUGCCAAGACGUCUGCCAAGCUCACAUUUGCGUAUGCACAAGAGAUUGAAAUAACGGCUGAUAAAACAGGAACAUUUAUGCUUCCAACAGUUCUGAAUCCAAGAUAUGCCCCCGACUGUGGUAAGUUAUCAAUUAUACAGAUGGACCAGUUCUAUUAUCCUGACUUUGUUAUGAACCUGGAAGCUGUAAUUAUUGGUGGUAAAAAGCUUAUGGUAUCCGGAAACAAAAUGGAAUUUGACGUCUUCGCUGAUAAAAUGAAAAACAAAGAAGUUUUAUCUACACGACUUGCAGGAGGAUCGGAUUUUUCCAUUGUGUUGAACUACAGAGGCUUUGAGAAGCCAGAAGCUGUGCUUGAGAUAGGCAAAAAAGACACUGAAAACGUGUUUUUGUCGUCCGACAUUCUGAUGGUAAAUUUUUCUCCAGAAUUCAAGGAACUGGACACAAACAUACCUUGUGAAUUUGUGUUUAUAAUUGACCGUUCUGGCUCAAUGAUGGGCUCUCGUAUUGAGAAAGCUAAAGAAGCCCUUCUACUGAUGCUGAAGAGUCUUCCUGUAAACUGUAUCUUCAAUGUUGUCAGCUUUGGAUCAAGUUAUUCAAAAUUAUUUACAAGGAGUUUAGAGUAUAAUGAGAAGAACUUGCAAAACGCUAUGGAUCUCCAGAAAAACAUGAUAGCAGAUAUGGGCGGAACUGAAAUAUAUAAACCUCUGGAGGAUAUUUUUAAAAACAAACCCGCCGACUCCUACGCUAGACAAGUUUUCUUGCUAACGGAUGGACAAGUUUGGAAUGUUCCAGAAAUAGUUAAGCUUGUGAAAAAACAGAAAAACACAAGAAUCUUUACAUUUGGGAUUGGAGAUGGUUGUUCAACAGAACUGAUAAAAGAGGUUGCAAAAGCAAGUAGAGGAAAGGCCACUUUUGUCAAAGACAAUGAGAGACUAGCAUCUAAGAUCAUGUCUGUAAUGAAAAGCAGUGUACAAUGUGGAAUUACGGAUGUCUCUUUAACUUGGAACCUUCCUGAAGGAUGCUCCGUCAUUAAUGCCUCAGAAGAAGUCCCGCCAGUUUUUCAAGGAGACAAGCUUAUCCUCUAUGGAAUCAUAUCAAGAGAUAUAUCCAAACGAUUUCCUGGCAAAAGUUCAAUGAAACUGGCUGGUAAAGCAGGGGACAAGAAUGUGGAAUACAACAUGGAUUUUACUUUAAGUGCCACAAGCAGGUCAAGUAACAAAGAUGAAUCAUGUCCACUUCAUAGACUAGCCGCUAAAACCAGAUUAUCAGAGAUGGAAAUGAAUGGUGCUGAUGAGCAUGAGAUUGUGGUCCUAAGCACCGCAGCCAAUGUUACAAGCACACAGACAGCAUUUGUUGGUGUGGACAAAACAAGUGGUGACGUAAUAUCAAAAUGUCAAGACACAGAACAGUUAAAAGAGGAAAUGAUAAGUCACACAAUUUCACGAAAGCGGAAAUACGGAGGAAAUAUCAAACGCAAAAAAGCCAAAUGUGCAAAUUUUGGAGGUGCAGUUUUACUACCGAAGAAGAAAAAGGCAGCAUCAAAAGCAAAACAGGCAUACAGAGCAUGCAGUCCAGCAACCUCAAGAUGCCGCAAGUUGCUAAAAUCUGAAGAUUCGGAUUUGGCUUUAGAUGAUACAUCUAAAAUGAUAAAGUUGGUCGAGAACCAGAGGUUUGACGGAUCCUGGCAGCUGAAUAAAACUUUAUCUGAAAUACUCGGCUUGUCUUUGAAUAAAAUAAAGUCAGCUUCUGUUGUAAAGGAUGUAAAUGUCUGGGCCACAGCUCUUGCAAUAGCAUUCUUGAGAAAAGAUUGGAAGGAACAGAAGGCGGAAUGGGAAAUGAUCGAAGAGAAAGCAUUAACAUGGCUAAGGUCGAAAGAUCAUGAGGGGAAGGAUAUAAUGCAGGAAGCCAUGGCAUUUUUGUCGGCGUAAUAUCGACCUAAUGUUAUUUCUUUCUAAAAUGCAAGUUUACAUAUGAUUUUGUGCCAGGAAAAAAUGACUUUUUAAAUAAUGUUCAAAAAAAUGAAAAUGGACUGAAGAUCCACGGCUUGAUUUUUUUUAAAUCCAAGUUUAUUCUAUAUAUUAACAUAUUAUUCAUACGAGGGUUGUU